AGAUUGUAAACGACCGAGCGCGUUGGACCAAGGCGGACAAUGUUCGAUAGAAAAGAGAGAGACUGGUGGUUGGUCGUCCGAAAGAAGAACCGACUUGGUGGUGAAAAGGAUAGACUAUACGUUUAUAGUGUCCGCGCGUCUUUGAACAUUGCAGAUGCCUGGAGGCAACAGCACGAAUACUACUACGACAAAUGUGAUUGGUACCGUUGAACAUGCCUUUGCAUCCGUUCGCCUUGUUAAGGCCAAUGUUUGUGCAGGUGGUGCGUGGUUAACAGAUUCGAAGAACAAUGUCCAGCUUGUGAGUGAGUGUUUUUGCGGCACUCCUAGUUGCAGUGGUGUUAUUGGCGUUCAACGGGAGAGCACGGAAGUCUACACGUUACCAGUGACAAAGCGUAAGAUGGUUCAGCUGACGAUGGAUCACUUUUUAGUGAAGCCCUAG